GUAGAAAUAUAGGCUAUCUUAGGUUAAAUAUUUUAAGUUGAGAAGCUCUGCAUGUUGUAGAAAUACGUCGGACCAAACAUGACCCUACUAGGGGUCUUUCAGUAGCUACUAGGGUAAAACACACCGGCAGGCCAAACAGGCCACCUACAAUCAACGCUUGCCACCCUCUGAAAAAGUACAUUAUAACGCGUCCUGACACCGGAGAUGGGCAUCAGUCGCGACUUGUUGUUGGUGAGAAACGGAGCUAAAGACCUCUACUCUCCUUUCGAAGAAAUGUUUGACUCUAUUAAGAAUGCACUGGAAGGAGGUGGCGUCAGAAUAGCAGAUGGUGGUUUAUUCUUGAUUUCGGAAUCUGCGACAUCAUCUGCAUCUGGUCUCUUAUCACACUUUUUGUCAUUCGGAGUUGCGAACAACCGUCAUGUGUGCUUUGUAUCCCUGCAGCAUACUUGGGGACAUUAUUGUAAUAUUGGUAGUAAGUUUGGAGUAAACUUGAGACAGCAAGCAGCCGAAGGCAAAGUUAAAGUGAUAGAAGGACUAAAACUUAUGUCCGAAGUUCUUAAAGAUGAUUUUCAAGAGAUAGAUCAUCCUUUCAGCUUUAUUUUAGAGCCUUCUGAACAACCCCUGAGAAAUUUAUACAAUGUGAUUAGAAGAACUGUAGAGCCCUGGAGGGAGAACAACGAACACUUUGUGUUGGUAAUCGAUGGAGUGAGUUCUCUUUUGAAUUUGGGUGUUCUUUCAAGCCAAAUUGAAAUAUUUGUCAAUUACUGCAGGACUCUGAUAGAGGGUAAUAAUAAUCCUGACUAUUUAGGUGUUUUAGUCCUAGUGACAAAAUCAUUUGGGAAAGAUGAAGAUGCAAGCCUUAUUGUAAAUAGAUUGGCUCAGUGUUCUGUGGUCCAUAUGUCUCUGGAAGCAUUGAGUACAGGGUUCUCCCGCGAGGUACAUGGAAAUGUAAGAUUUAUUUUCAAUCAUGCAUCUCCUCAUCUUGCUUUACCUGAUGUUCAACUUUUCCAGUACAAGAUGGAGGACAAGAAUAUAAAAUUAUUUGCCCCAGGCACAUCAGCUAGUGUAUUGUGAAACUGUGUCCAAAGAAAACUUUUCCUGUUUGGGCAAUUAUUGCACAAUGGACAUAAUUAUAUGAUUUAUUUUAUCACGAAUAUGUUUCAUUACAGUUGUUUUUGUUUUUUGAAA